UGAUUCCGAUUUGACCACGCCCCCGUCUCCCGUCAGGCGGAGUUCUACUCGAGAGAUCGGUGGCCGCUCGUAGCUUCUGUUUUGGACGGCAGACACUCGUCUCGUCUCGUUGAUUUUUCUGCAAGUUUCUUCAAAGCACCGAGAACGACAUGCGUUUCAAACCGUCUCGAGACCGACUGUACAGCGCUCGCUGCUGCGGCUGCUGUCACGUGCGCACGGGAACCAUCAUUCUGGGCACCUGGUACAUGGUGGUGAACCUGUUGAUGGGUAUUCUGUUGACGGUGGCGGUUACCCAGCCUGAAAACGUCCCUACUGUUGACCUGCAGUAUGAGGUUAUUGAGCAUUACUUUGCCUCUGACAGAAUGUCAGAGAAUGCCUGUGUGGGCUUUGCCAUCUCUCUUCUGAUGCUCACCAUCAGUGCAAUGAUGGUGUAUGGAGCUAUUACUAAUCGUGACGGCUGGCUCAUCCCGUUCUUUUGCUACCAGCUCUUUGACUUCGCUCUGAGCUGCCUGGUAGCUAUCAGCUCUCUGACAUACCUGCCCAGAAUCAAGGACUACCUGGACCAGCUGCCCGACUUCCCCUACAAAGACAACCUGCUUUCUCUGGACUCCAGCUGUCUCCUGCUCUUUGUGCUUGUCUUCUUUGCCAUUCUCAUCGUCCUUAAGGCUUAUUUGAUUAACUGUGUGUGGAACUGCUACAAAUACAUAAACAACAGGAACGCUCCAGAGAUUGCCGUCUAUCCGGCUUUUGAGACCCCACCUCAGUACAUCCUUCCCACCUAUGAAAUGGCCAUGACUAUGCCAGCGAAGGAGCCGCCUCCUCCUUACAUGCCAGCUUAAAUUCCCCAGCCUGGCGCCUGCAGUACGAGCCAGUGCAAACACCCAUCUUUGCCUUUCGAUCCUGCCUUCCAUUCCAACUCACAGAAGGCGUUUAGACUCGGCGUCUACACGUGUCAUCAUCACCAGCUUUACACAUCACAUAAACUCGCCCGCAACUUUCUUUCGCAUGACUUUCGUAACUUCACUGCAGAUCUAUUUUUGUAAAACCACGUAUAAUCGUUUGAAGCGCUAGGGGGUUGCGGAAGAGAGCGAUCGUGGCAAGAUUUGUUUUUAACAGCGUAUUGCGAUACGAUAUACUAUUCUUUUUGUGGACACCACGACUCGGGCUCUGCAAUAAUCAUGCUUACGACAGAAUUGUGUAGGUAAUUCGUAGUCUGUUGCUAAUGAAAUGAUUCUUUGGGGCGGGGCUGAUAAUCGUCUUUUGAAAUUUUUACCAAUGAAAUCUUUCGCCGUAAGCUCCACCCAUCAUGAGAUCUUAUUUUUAAUGCUUCAAAGCUUGUGUUUUUGUUUUGCUGUUGUCUUAGUUCAGGGAGUAUUGUGAAAUCAACACUGCCCGACAGUUUGACAGGGCGUUUAGAAUCGCCAACCUUGGUUAAUCUGUUUUACUAGUAUAAACCUGUUUAGACAAUCCAGUGUGAUGGUUAAAAUCUAUAUUUUUUCCAUUGUGUACUUUGAUAGUGAACGUCAGACUUUCAUCCUUUCAGAAGUGAAAGCGCAAAGCACUUUUUAUCUUGUUUAUAGAAUUAGCAUUGUUUUCCAUCCAUUGAACCCAUGUGCACCAUCUCAUUAGCAGCCAUCAUAGUGUUGUCAUGCAAACUGCAGAAUAAUGCUGUUUAACACACGACUGAUGAGUGAAAACUCUCAUGAGAGACAAUGUUCUAGAGAAUAAAAAAGGAAACUGCUAGUGCUGUAUUAAAUCAAUGGAUGCAUGUUGUUUUAUUUUGUGUUCUGUUUCUUGUACAUGUUCUGUAUCUAAUUCAAUAAACGUUUCAAAACAUA